AAGGACAAGGAAUGACCAAUCAGGGGUGUGGAUAUUAGCUCGCGGGGUGUGUUUUAGGCGAGGCUAGUGGAUGCCCGUUGCUACAGCAGCAUCUCCUGCUUUCACGGAGAAAGAUGGAGGAACUUGACGAAUCUGUGCCCGUUGGCGAGGAGCUGCUGCCGUGCAAAGUGUGCAAGAGAACUUUUCUCCGAAGCGUCCUCAAAAAGCACACGGUCAUUUGCCAGAAAGCCGCAGCGAAGAAAAGGAGGGCGUUUGACUCGAGCAGACAGAGAGCCGAGGGAACCGACAUCCCGACUGUGAAACCUCUCAAGCCAAAGCCUGAACCACCCAAGAAAGUAUCCGACUGGCGUCGAAAGCACGAGGAAUUCAUCGCCACCAUCCGUGCUGCCAAGGGCCUGAGCCAAGUGAUGAAAGAUGGUGGCCCUCUCCCCCCGCCCCCUCCUCCAUCCUAUGAUCCAGAUUAUAUCCAGUGCCUGUAUUGCCAGAGGCGGUUUAGCGAGAACGCAGCCGAGCGACAUAUCAAAUUCUGUAAGGAGCAAGCAUCACGCAUUACCAACAAGGGGAAAUUCCCUGGAAGUGACAAAGCCAAGCCUCCAGCUAAGAUGCAGUACAAAACUGACAAAACUGUCCCGGUGAAGAAGGCAAGUUCUGUAUCUUCCACAUCUUCUUCAGUGUCUUCCUCUCGCCUACCUCAGCGUUCAGCCAACGGACAGGGCGGUGGAACCGGAAUUUCCAGCACUACAGGCUCCAUGAGGAACGUGAACAUGUCAACUUCUUUCUCUCCGUCCCGCCUUAACUCUGGCGGUGUGACCAGUCCUCCCUGUGGGGCUAACACCAAACCUAAAGGCAUUGUUGCUCCGAGUUCACUGAAGAGCACAACCUACACAGCCGGAAUGAAUAAAAAGAAGGUCUACAGUGCUAACAGCUAUAACUCAAGGAACGAGACGAAAAAUGACAAUGAAGUGGACUGUUCCACACCGGGGACCAAAUUCUGCCACGGAUGUGGAACCAAGUACCCGGUGGACUGGGCCAAAUUCUGCUGUGAAUGUGGGGUGAGGAGGAUGUGCAUUUAGAGAGAGAGAGAGAGAGAGAGAGCGAGAGCGAGAGAGAGUGACGUGUCUAUUGCUGAAUUUCCCAUUUUUCCACUCGUCACACUCGUGCCCAUGAAUUCCAGUCCUUCUCGAAUAUAUUUGUUUUUGCCUUGUUUUUAUUCCACUUGUCUUUAUUCUCAAAGUGCAAUACGAUAAACUACUGAUUAAUUGUUUUUUUUUAAUCAGAAUUUACCCAGAAUUCAUUUCAAAAAUCGAGUUUCCAUCUGAUAUCAAACCUGUGGUUUAAAGUCCCGACAUCGCGCUUCCAUUUCAUCAUGGGAAUGAUCUGACAGAGUUGUGAUUUAAUUUAUAUUGUUAUUUAUGCGGAUACAGUUACAAAGCGACGCCGUUCCCGUUUCUCUUUUUGUUUCAUUAUAUGUUUUGUAAAGUUGUUACUGCUUAUUUAUCUCAACAUUUCAUGUAAACGUACAUUCGCUGUAGGAUAGGAGCAAUCUGGCGCAGCUCGACCACGACUUGUAAAACAUUCGCAAACGUAUUAUUCAGACGAUCAUGCUUUAAAAAAAAAAAAGAAGACUUUUCGAUUUCACUCCACGAUCACCUGAUCAAACUCGUAUGCCAAAAAUAGCUUUACAGCCGCAAGGACUUCUUAAUAAUCCCGUCACUGCUCCUCUAAGCUAAAGCACCAUAUAUAUAUAAAAACCCCCUGUCAUUAAUUAACCCUUUGUGCUGUGAUAGCCGAACACUACGGCGGUGUAAUGCUCAUAAAUGCAUGAACGGUGUGUAUCAUUUCUGUAAGACCGAGUGGGUACAAGACCUGCUCACAGAGCGGACGCUGACGCCGGAUUUGUCACUGUAUAUGCAGAGUGUCACGUGAAUAAACAUUCAUACGAGUGCUGA